GGACCCAUUGCCGAGGUGUCGGGACAUAUUAUGGGCUGGAAGCGGGAGUGGGGAGGGGCCUGGCCGGGUUUUUUCCCCUUUAAGAGGUGGUGCCGGAGCCGGGGCCAUUUUCCCUUCAGCGGUGGCAGCGAGAGCCGAGGAGCCGGGGGGCGAGCUGGGAAGGAGACAAAGCUGCAAAAGCUGUCUGAGCCCAAGUACCCCGAUUUGGAGGACAUGGCAUCGGGCAUUGGAUCCCCAUCACUUUGUUCUGCUGGCAGUGAUGAUGAGGAGAUGGAAAUCCUGCUGAAUAACAGCAUCCCUCAGCACCCAGAGCCUGAAGAAGAGCCAGAGGAAGAGCUGCUAUCAGAGGCUGAAACUCCCAAAAUCAAGAAGAAAAAGAAGCCCAAGAAGCUGAAGGAACCAAAAGUGCCCAAACUUAGCAAGCGCCAGAAAAAGGAGCUAGGGGACAGCUCUGGUGAGGGGAAUGAGUUUGUGGAGGAGGAAGAGGAGGCGCUGCACUCAGACAGUGAGGGCAGUGACUACACCCCUGGGAGGAAGAAGAAGAAGAAAUUAGGGCCCAAGAAAGAAAAGAAAAACAAAGCCAAGCGCAAGGAGGAGGAGGAGGAAGAAGAGGAAGAUGAUGACUCAAAGGAACCCAAAUCGUCUGCUCAGCUCCUGGAAGACUGGGGUAUGGAGGACAUUGAUCAUAUCUUCACAGAGGAGGAUUACCGCACUCUCACCAACUACAAGGCUUUCAGCCAGUUUGUCAGGCCACUCAUAGCUGCCAAGAAUCCUAAGAUAGCUGUCUCAAAGAUGAUGAUGGUGCUGGGGGCCAAGUGGCGGGAGUUCAGCACUAACAACCCCUUCAAAGGCAGUUCAGGGGCCUCUGUGGCAGCUGCAGCGGCUGCGGCUGUGGCUGUGGUAGAGAGCAUGGUGGCCAACGUGGAUGCUGUCCUUCCCCAGCCCCCUGCUGAUGUGCCACUACGUAAGGCCAAGACCAAGGAGGGCAAAGGGCCUAAUGCCCGGCGGAAGCCCAAGGCCAGUCCUCGUGUUCCUGACAUCAAGAAACCCAAAACCAAGAAGGUGGCUCCUCUGAAAAUCAAACUGGGAGGAUUUAGCUCCAAGCGUAAGAGAUCAUCAAGUGAAGAUGAGGAUCUGGAUGUGGAAUCAGACUUUGAUGAUGCUAGCAUCAAUAGCUACUCUGUUUCAGAUGGAUCCACUAGCCGCAGCAGCCGCAGCCGCAAGAAACUCAAGGCUGGAAAAAGGAAAAAGAAAGGUGAGGACGACUCCACAGUUCCUGUGGAUGGCUAUGAGACAGAUCACCAGGACUACUGUGAGGUGUGUCAGCAGGGAGGAGAAAUCAUCCUGUGUGACACCUGUCCCCGUGCCUACCACAUGGUCUGCCUGGACCCAGACAUGGAGAAAGCCCCAGAGGGCAAAUGGAGCUGCCCACACUGUGAGAAGGAGGGGAUCCAGUGGGAGGCAAAGGAGGAUAACUCUGAAGGCGAGGAGAUCCUGGAGGAUGUUGUGGGAGACCCUGAAGAGGAGGAUGAUCACCACAUGGAGUUCUGCCGGGUCUGCAAGGAUGGAGGGGAACUGCUCUGCUGUGAUGCCUGUCCCUCUUCCUACCACAUUCACUGUCUAAAUCCCCCACUGCCAGAGAUUCCUAAUGGGGAAUGGCUAUGCCCUCGCUGCACUUGCCCAUCUCUGAAGGGGAAGGUGCAGAAGAUCUUGAUCUGGAAGUGGGGCCAGCCCCCACUACCCACACCAGUGCCCCGACCAGCUGAUGCAGACCCUAACACUCCCUCCCCCAAACCCCUGGAGGGCCGGCCUGAGCGGCAGUUCUUCGUCAAAUGGCAGGGCAUGUCCUAUUGGCACUGUUCAUGGGUGUCUGAGCUGCAGCUGGAGCUGCACUGCCAAGUGAUGUUCCGAAAUUACCAACGCAAGAAUGAUAUGGAUGAGCCACCCUCAGGGGACUUUGGUGGUGAGGAGGAGAAGAGCCGCAAGCGAAAGAACAAGGACCCCAAGUUUGCUGAGAUGGAGGAGCGCUUCUAUCGCUAUGGGAUCAAGCCUGAGUGGAUGAUGAUCCACCGGAUCCUCAACCACAGUGUGGAUAAGAAGGGGAAUGUCCACUAUCUGAUUAAAUGGAGGGACCUGCCCUAUGACCAGGCCUCCUGGGAGAGUGAGGAUGUGGAGGUGCAGGACUAUGACCUCUACAAACAGGCCUACUGGAAUCACAGGGAGCUGAUGAGAGGUGAAGAGGGUCGGCCUGGCAAGAAGAUAAAGAAGGUGAAGAUGCGGAAGCUGGAAAGACCCCCAGACACACCCACGGUGGAUCCAACGGUGAAGUAUGACCGGCAGCCAGAGUACCUUGAUGUAACAGGAGGGACAUUGCACCCCUAUCAGCUGGAGGGGCUGAACUGGUUGCGCUUCUCCUGGGCCCAGGGCACAGACACAAUCUUGGCUGAUGAAAUGGGGCUGGGCAAGACAGUGCAGACAGCUGUGUUCCUGUACUCUCUGUACAAAGAGGGCCACUCAAAGGGACCCUUUCUGGUGAGUGCCCCACUCUCCACAAUUAUCAACUGGGAGCGGGAGUUUGAGAUGUGGGCUCCAGACAUGUAUGUGGUGACCUACGUUGGGGACAAGGACAGCCGGGCCAUCAUCCGGGAGAAUGAGUUCUCCUUUGAGGACAAUGCCAUACGUGGGGGCAAGAAGGCAUCCAGGAUGAAGAAGGAAGCAUCUGUGAAGUUCCAUGUGCUGCUCACCUCCUAUGAACUGAUCACAAUUGAUAUGGCCAUUCUGGGUUCCAUUGACUGGGCCUGUCUUAUUGUGGAUGAAGCUCACCGGCUCAAGAACAAUCAAUCUAAGUUUUUCCGGGUGUUGAAUGGAUAUUCCCUCCAGCACAAGCUACUGCUCACAGGAACCCCUCUGCAAAACAACCUAGAAGAACUGUUCCACCUGCUCAACUUCCUGACACCUGAGAGAUUCCAUAACUUGGAAGGCUUCCUGGAAGAAUUUGCAGACAUUGCCAAGGAGGAUCAGAUCAAGAAGCUGCAUGAUAUGCUGGGCCCACACAUGCUGAGGCGCCUCAAGGCUGAUGUUUUCAAGAACAUGCCCUCCAAGACAGAACUCAUCGUCCGGGUGGAGCUGAGCCCCAUGCAGAAGAAAUACUAUAAAUACAUUUUGACAAGGAACUUUGAGGCACUGAAUGCACGAGGUGGUGGCAACCAAGUCUCCCUGCUCAAUGUGGUCAUGGAUCUGAAGAAAUGUUGUAAUCACCCCUACCUCUUUCCUGUUGCUGCUAUGGAAGCUCCAAAGAUGCCAAAUGGGAUGUAUGAUGGUAGUGCCCUGAUCCGAGCAUCUGGGAAAUUGCUGCUGCUCCAGAAGAUGUUGAAGAACCUCAAGGAAGGAGGCCACAGGGUGCUCAUCUUCUCACAGAUGACUAAAAUGUUGGAUCUCUUGGAGGAUUUUCUGGAACAUGAAGGGUACAAAUAUGAGCGGAUUGAUGGUGGGAUCACAGGGAACAUGCGCCAGGAGGCCAUUGAUCGCUUCAAUGCUCCUGGUGCUCAGCAGUUCUGCUUCCUGCUUUCCACUCGAGCUGGAGGGCUCGGUAUCAACCUGGCUACAGCAGACACGGUGAUCAUCUAUGAUUCCGACUGGAAUCCACACAAUGACAUCCAGGCUUUCAGCCGUGCACACAGGAUUGGACAGAACAAGAAAGUGAUGAUUUACCGUUUUGUGACACGGGCUUCAGUAGAGGAACGUAUCACUCAGGUGGCGAAGAAGAAGAUGAUGCUAACACAUCUGGUGGUGAGGCCAGGGUUGGGCUCCAAGACGGGCUCCAUGUCCAAGCAGGAGCUUGAUGACAUCCUGAAGUUUGGGACUGAGGAGCUCUUCAAGGAUGAGGCCACUGAGGGUGGUGAUAGCAAAGAGGGUGAGGACAGCAGUGUCAUCCACUACGAUGACAAAGCAAUUGAGCGACUACUGGACCGAAAUCAGGAUGAGACUGAAGACACAGAGCUGCAGGGCAUGAAUGAGUAUCUCAGCUCCUUCAAGGUGGCCCAGUAUGUGGUACGGGAAGAAGAGAUGGGGGAGGAGGAGGAAGUGGAGCGGGAGAUCAUAAAACAAGAAGAGUCAGUGGACCCCGAUUACUGGGAAAAGUUGCUGCGUCACCACUAUGAGCAGCAGCAGGAGGACCUGGCUAGGAACCUGGGCAAGGGUAAACGUAUCCGCAAGCAGGUCAACUACAAUGAUGGCUCCCAGGAGGACAGAGGUACAGAAGGGACACCCACAGGGAUUUUUUGUGGGGCUGGGGAGAACAGGACCUGUAAGGAUAGGGUCUGUCAGGCUCUCACGCUUUUUUUUUCUCCUUCUCUAGAUUGGCAGGAUGACCAGUCAGAUAACCAGUCGGAUUAUUCAGUGGCCUCUGAGGAAGGCGAUGAGGAUUUUGAUGAGAGAUCUGAAGCUGCUCGCCGGCCCAGUCGCAAAGGCCUGAGAAAUGACAAAGAUAAGCCCCUGCCUCCCCUUCUUGCCCGUGUGGGAGGGAACAUUGAAGUGCUGGGCUUCAAUGCCCGCCAGCGCAAAGCCUUCCUUAAUGCCAUUAUGCGCUAUGGGAUGCCACCCCAGGAUGCCUUCACCACCCAGUGGCUUGUCCGGGACCUGCGUGGCAAGUCUGAGAAGGAGUUCAAGGCCUAUGUCUCGCUGUUCAUGCGUCACCUAUGUGAGCCGGGAGCAGAUGGUGCGGAGACCUUCGCAGAUGGGGUCCCACGGGAGGGGCUGUCCCGCCAGCAUGUCCUCACCCGCAUUGGAGUCAUGUCACUCAUACGCAAAAAGGUGCAGGAAUUUGAGCAUGUGAAUGGGCGCUGGAGUAUGCCAGAACUAGCAGAGAUAGAGGAGAACAAGAAGCUUUUGCAGCCGGGCUCGCCCUCCCCCAAAACCCCCACACCCUCCACGCCAGGGGACACGCAGCCUAACACACCUGCCCCUGCACCUCCACUUGAAGAGGGUGUGAAGGUGGAAGAAGGAGCCAGUACCAGGGAGCAAGGGGAGCCCAUGGAGUCUGAGAAGGAACCCAACCUAGCUUCUGCUGAAGCAGAGGUCCCAAUGGAGCAGUGUGCCCAGCCUGUGGAGACACCCCCACAAGAGGCAAAGUCCCCAAUGAACCCCCCAGAAGCAGAGGAGAAAAAGCCUGAGGAACCAGAGGUGAAGGAGGAGCCAAUGGAAAUGGAAAGCAAAGCUGAUGUGGAGAAGAUUGAAGAUAGAGUGUUGUCUGAGCCCUCUGCUGAACCUCCAACUAUCAACCUGGAUGAGAAGGAGGAGAAGAAGGAAGAUGACAAGAGGGAUGUGGUGAUGCUGCAGAACGGGGAGAUGCUGAAGGACUCUCUUGAUGAGAGGCACAAGAAGGCAGUGAAGCAGCGCUUCAUGUUCAACAUAGCUGAUGGUGGCUUCACUGAGUUGCAUUCUCUAUGGCAAAAUGAAGAACGAGCAGCAACUGUCACCAAGAAAACCUACGAGAUCUGGCACCGGCGCCAUGACUAUUGGCUCUUGGCUGGGAUCAUCAAUCAUGGCUAUGCCCGCUGGCAGGACAUUCAGAAUGAUCCACGUUAUGCCAUCCUCAAUGAACCCUUCAAGGGUGAGAUGAACAGGGGCAACUUCCUGGAGAUCAAGAACAAGUUCCUGGCCAGGAGGUUCAAGCUGCUGGAGCAGGCACUGGUGAUUGAGGAGCAGCUGCGGCGAGCUGCCUAUCUGAACAUGUCGGAAGAUCCAUCACACCCGUCUAUGGCCCUCAAUACACGUUUUGCUGAGGUGGAAUGUCUGGCAGAGAGCCACCAGCACCUGUCCAAGGAGUCAAUGGCUGGGAACAAGCCAGCCAAUGCUGUUCUUCACAAAGUUUUGAAGCAGCUGGAGGAGCUUCUGAGUGACAUGAAGGCAGAUGUGACUCGGCUGCCUGCCACCAUUGCCCGCAUCCCACCUGUGGCUGUGCGCCUCCAGAUGUCUGAGCGCAACAUCCUUAGUCGACUGGCCAACCGCAGCAGCGAACCUCCUCCCCCACCACCUCCCCAGCAGGUGGCCCAGCAGCAAUGAGUCCCUGGCUUGGUACUGUUGGCUUCUUGACCAAGUUGAAAUGAUCCUUCUUCACACUCUACCCUUCCUCUGCCUGACGUUCCUGAUCGGGUGCUGUUCCCCUUGGUGGACGUUGCUGCACAGGCCUCCCUGGGGGAGAGGAGACUCCUCCCUCUGCUGCCAGCCCACACAAGCAAGGAGUGUGCCGGGGCUAGAGGGGACAUGAUGGACUCUGUACAUAGUGACUGGAGGCCACAGCGCCACGUCCUGUUACACAGAAUCCUGGCUGCACUGCUCGCUGCCUCAGCCUGAAGUUCCAUGUUUUUUGUUUUAAUCUUAUUUUGAGUUUGUUUACUGAGAUGAGUGUACAGAUGAGACCAAGCAAAAGCCAGGACAGAGACACAGCUACCUCCAUCAAGAUCGUUUUUAAUACAAAAACUGACUGGACUUGUCCACUAAUAAACAGCUAAAAAAGAUGAAAAAAAUCUUGAUAAAACUGAAAAAUAAAGGUUUCCUUGUAUUUUA